AUGACCGAAGCUAGUAGUGUCUCAACGGUUAAUGCAAAGGAGUUGAAGGAUCUAUGCGUAAGACGUAGUUCUGUAAAAGGCCGCAUUACUAAAUUUAAAACUUAUUUGAAUUCUAUUUCCUCGAUUAGUUUGACGUCGCUUCAGAUAGGCGAAUUACAAUUGAAGGUAGAUAAAAUUAAAAAACUGUCGGAUGAUUUUGAUAUGCUACAAUCACGAAUAGAAGUACUUAAUUUUGAGAAUAUGACCAGCGAGCUUAUCGAGCGUGAUAAUAUUGAACAGGAUUUUUGUAUUACUAUUGCAACGGGGUUACAAAUAAUUCAGAAUAAUCAGAAAGACACAAAUAGCACUAGCUCGCCGCGCGAAGAUCAAACUAUUCUUGAACAUUCUUGUUGUAAUCAUGAUCGUCACGAGGUCAACUUUAGGCUUCCACAAAUUCAAAUUGCCAAAUUUGAUGGGUCUUAUUUCAGAUGGUUGGAUUUUCGGGAUUCAUUUUUAUCACUAGUACAUAAUAACGAUAGACUUCAGUCAAUUCAUAAAUUUCAUUAUUUGGUAUCAUAUUUGGAGGGGGAUGCUGCACGUAUAGUUUCUAAUAUUGAAAUAUCCGAGGCAAAUUAUAACGAUGCUUGGCUUUUGCUUUGUGAGCGUUAUGAUAACAAAAAGCAGCUUAUAGCUCAUCACCUCAGUGCUCUUUUUGACAUAAAUACAGUGGCUCGUGAAUCAGAAAGAUCACUUCGAUUUUUGGUAGAUCAUGUAACAAAAAACCUUCGUGCUUUAGCUACUUUAGGCGAACCUACUGACAAGUGGGACACGCUCAUUAUUCAUAUGGUAUCCUCAAAAUUAGACAAUGUUACUAUGGUUAAGUGGCAGGAAUAUCGUAAUACAUUGGAUGAUGUACCCACACUUAAACAAUUUCAUAAAUUCUUAUCCGAUCGUUCAGAUGUACUCGAAAGUUUAAAUCGAAAUAAACCAGAUAAAAUAUUGUCUCAGUCACGACCUGCAAUUCCAUUAAUUCGUAAAAAUAAUUUUGGCGAACGACAAUUGAAAUCUUUUGCAGCCACAAGUCAAAUAAAUUAUCGCUGUGUUCUAUGCAAAGGAGAUCACCGAAUAUAUAAUUGUCCUAUAUUUUUAAGCAAAAAUGUUGAAGAACGAAAAAUUGAAGUUUCUAAGUUAAACUUGUGUCCUAAUUGCUUAAGAUUUGGGCAAUCAAUUCGUGAAUGCCACUUAGGACCUUGCCGUGAGUGUAAUAAGAGACACAAUACUCUUUUGCACAUCACCAAAAACAAAACUAGUUCUAAAAUUCCUACAGUAGAAAACGAUACUAAUUUCAGUAAUAAUCAUUCAUUAGCAAAUUUUUCUAAACAAAACUUUAAUCAAAUCAUAUUGUCUACAGCAUUAAUCAAUGUAACAAAUCCUAAUACAAAUCAAAGCAAAACAGUCCGCGCACUGCUGGACUGUGGCAGCCAAUCUUCAUUUAUUACUCAAUCUCUUAAACAAUCAUUGUCGCUAGAUUCAAAUCCAAUUCAUACAAUCAACGUUAUAGGCAUAGGUAACAACUCUUGUGAUAAAGUCACAGAGUCAUGCAAUUUAAAAUUCAAUUCAUUAGUUAACAAAGAUUUUAGUAUUUCACUUUCAUGUUUAGUACUAAAGAAUCUUUCAGGAGAAAUCCCUAUUCAAUCCAUCAAUAUUCAGCAAUUCAAAUUACAAAAAAACAUUCAGUUAGCAGACCCGACCUUUGAUCAACCCGCACCAGUAGAAAUCAUUAUUGGUGCCGAUGUAUUUUGGGACAUCUUAGGCUCUGAGCAGAAGUCUCUGGGCCCUAAUAAUCCUAAACUAAGAAGUUCCAAGCUAGGGUGGCUGAUCGGAGGCCCUAUCUCUACCUCUACUAAUAAUAUUCAUAAAAGCAAUUAUAAUCAUUGUCUGUCUAACCUAUCUUACUUCAACAAAAUUGAUUCACAAUUAUCUAAAUUUUGGGAAUUAGAAUCAGUUCCCCAAGAUCCAAUAUUAUCUGAUGCAGAUAAAGAAUGCGAAAACCAUUUUAUUCGUCAUACAUACCGUCUCCCCACGGGUAGAUUCUGUGUUAGGCUCCCAUUAGCUAAUACACCCGAUGUGUUGGGCGAUUCUUAUACACUAGCGAAAAGGCGCUUCCUUAAUUUAGAAAAGCGAUUAAAUAAGAAACCAGAAAUGAAAUCACAAUAUAGCAAUUUUAUUCAUGAAUAUGCACAGUUAGGCCAUCUGGAAUAA